AUGAUGUGCUUUCGAGUUCUCCGACCGACUUUGGAUCUUGUUCGCUUUUUCCUUUUUAAGCUUACAGUUCCUCCUGGCAGCGCACCCGUCGCGUCUCGCCCCUACCGCGCUAAUCCCCCGGUGGCGAAACAAGUUGACGCGAUCCUUGACCAGUAUCUUGCGGUAGGUUUGAUCCAACAUUCGACCUCGCCUUACUCGAGCCCUUUAGUAGUCAUGCCGAAGAAAUCUGGUAGUGUUCGCAUCACCGUCAAUUAUCGCAAGCUCAACCAGCUUUGUGCUUUGAUUCAGCUUCCGAUUCCUCGAGUCGAUUAUACAUUGGACAAGUUGUUGAAAGGGCGAAUUUAUUCCCUUUUCGACAUGAAAUCUUCAUUCCACCAAAUCACGGUGCACCGCGAUACAAUCCCUUUGACGGCAUUCGUGACGUCUUCCGGGCUUUUCGAGUGGUUGAAGAUGCCUCAAGGCAGUUCGGCUGCCCCUGGUUGGUUUUGCAAAGUUGUCAACGAAGUCAUCAAAAAUCUCCACGGUGUUGCAUCGGACUCGGAUGAUUUGAUCGUCUUUGAUGAGACCCCUGCUACUCAUGUUGGUAGCAUGCGCGCACUCUUUGAACGCUUGCGUACGCACAACUUGAAACUCACCCCUCCGAAAGCUACCAUUGGCGCUACUGAAGCAGACUUCCUCAGACACACCAUCUCCCCUGACGGCGUUAGGCCUAACGGUGCCAAGGUUUCGGCCCUCACCAAAAUGCCUAUGCCCAGGGAUGUCAAGCAACUGCGUUCCCUUCUCGGUGGUCUCAGCUACUACCGAGGAGAAGUUAUCUUCACCCCUUCCAUGGAGCAUGCCGUUUGCGUUUUGUUAGCUGAGUUGGUCAAUCCCCCUGUUUUGGUUUAUCCAGAUUGGGAUGCUGUUUCAGACGGCUCGCGACCUUUUCAUCUUUACUGUGAUGCUAGUCGCGAUGGGUUUGGUGGGACUCUCGAACAAGAACAGCCAGAUGGUUCCAUUCGCCCAAUUGUCUUCAUCAGUCGGGCUACUUUGGACUCAGAACGCCACUGGACUCCCCUCGAUCUCGAGGUGGGGGAGAACAAUGCCCGCGUUCAGCGCUGGCUGGAAUUUCUUACCGCCUACAACUACACUCUCGAGUAUCGCAAGGGUUCCGCAAAUGGCAACGCUGAUUUCCUCUCACGCCUCCCAGUCGUUGCGGCUGAAUGCGACCGCNGGCUGGAAUUUCUUACCGCCUACAACUACACUCUCGAGUAUCGCAAGGGUUCCGCAAAUGGCAACGCUGAUUUCCUCUCACGCCUCCCAGUCGUUGCGGCUGAAUGCGACCGCUCGGGUCGCAGUCGUCUGACCCCGGCUGAGGAUGAAGAGGCGGUGUUUUUCAUCCACCGUUUCAGCCGCCGUGCUGAUAUGUCCGGGGUUACGGCUGCAGAAUUCACCGCCGAAGGCACAGCUGACAUCCUUGUCAACAGGUAUAUCCCUUUGUUGGGUUGCCCGUUGAGUCUCUUGUCUGACAACGGCUCUCAGUUUUGCUCUAAACUGUCCCAAGCCGUGUAUGCCCGUCUUGCUAUCCGCAAAGUGGCUAUUAACUCGUACCAUCCCAAUGGAAAUGGGGGUGUGGAGCGCGUCAACCACACUAUGGCUCAAAUGUUGGCUAUGGUUGUCAACGAACGACAAGAUGAUUGGGACAUUCAUCUCCCACACGUCGCGUUUGCUUACAACAAUUCCAUUAGCGACGCUACCGGUUUAGCGCCCAAUGAGGUUCGCCUAACCAACAUCGCCAAACAAAUCGCCGUUAUCGUGCGAUGCGCAUUGGAGCCGCUACCAGGGAAUUGGCGCGUGCUCAAGGUCGAGCUUUCUCUGUUCCCUGCCGAGGUUUUGCCAGCUGUUGUUUAAUUUCACGACCCCGCUUCGUCUUGGUUUCCCUUCCGAAACGUUUGGUUUCCAGCCUUUUGGUACUUUGUGAUGCUCUUGCACUUUUUCGUAUACUUUUGCCUCUACUUCUUAGAGCUUGCGGGCUAAAGGUGUUUCGUGGCCUUUGUUGUCGAUCCCACCCUACCGUGGUGAUUGUUUGGCGUAAUAUCUUAUCGUUUUGUCGAUAAAGGCCUUGUCUUUCACCGUUCGUUCCUUUUUCGUCGCUCCGGCGACGCUUAUUUUGUUCGUUUCUUUCAUGUCCUCUUGUCCCCUUUCUUUUGGGUUCUGACCUGUUAUGGUAUUUGUAGCCUUCGCCUGUUGCGGCUCUCCUGUUGGUUUCCUCUCUCUCUGUUAGCCCCAGUUUAUUUACUUUCUGUACCUUCUUAUUCUAGGUCAAACGAUGGUCUUGCAACCCAUCGAGUGAGAGGUGUGGGAGGGUAAAUUGUGGUAUUUUGGAGCUCCGCAUCCUCGAUACUUUCAUUUGGGAUUUGACAAGUAAUUGUCAAGUUCCGAGAUUUAGUAUCUGCGUAUGAGAACCUCCAGGGUGGGCUAGUGUUAUGGGACUUGAAUGUUUAGGAAAGUACAAACGGUAGUGAGGGCUAAUGCCCAGAGAACAGUGCCGGAGAUGCAACUCCCCACGGAAGGACAAAACAGGGGACAGGAUCUAGUAGCCCCUGCUUAAGCAGCUGAUCCUGGCCCCAUCCUAGUCAGUCCUCUACCUUCCCUUGGCAACAGCUACUGCUGUUCCACACGAGUUAAUAACAAGUGAGUUCGUCUUCACGGGUCUCCCAGAUUGCACCGCGCGACAUAUCCCCUACACCGGGUAAAGGCCAUUUUUUUUAAACCGGGGUAUCUCACUUCCGAAUUCACGGAGCCUCUUGAUCUUUUUUUUGAACCAGCUCUCGUUUGAGCACCGCAGCGUCGCACGCCAAGCAUUACACCCCGAGAUACAGCCGAGGGAGCCACCACAGCUCCCGCUGCUAGUCACCUUCGUCGUUUCCUUGGGAUUCUUGCUAAGCAUGAACCGGCGCAAGGUGGACGAGGAGCAGGUUCGGAAGGCCUGUGUAGCGAUAGAUGAUGGCAUGUCGGUUAGGGCUGCUGAGGUCUUUCUUCGGGGUUGGUCAUAUGUCCAUCGAAGACCGCCGCCGUGGCAAGGUGGCCAUGAACGCAAAGGUUGGUCCCGAGACCAUCCUGAGCAAUGAAGAGGAGGAUUCGCUGGAAGAUAUUCUGCUGUUUGCUGCUCGCAACUUCUUGGCUGCGGAUCCGGUUCACCUCAAAGAUGCGGUGCGACGACUCUGCAACGACGGUCGGCGGAUCCCUUGGGAUCCAGAUAGGGGUCCGGGGAAAGAUUGGCUUGCGGGCUUCCUUCGUAGGCACCCACGGGU